GUAAGUCAUCAAAUCAAAACUUCUAUCUUUCAACUCUUAGCCUUAAAACAAAGUAUAAAGAACAUAAAAUGGCUUCUUACCACACUCGAUCUUUCAGUUUCCCCUCAAACUCUCACCCCGUUUCUGAGCAAUUGGAUCAACAAUUGAACAGAUUGAGAUCAUCUCAAGCUGCUUCUACUUCAUCCCUUUCAAGCAAACUAAGCGGUCUAAACGACUUAUACAAGUGUGUUGAAGAGUUCCUUCAACUACCCCAAAAUCAGAAAACCGUAUCUCAAUCUCAACAAGUAUUAGAUGGAUCUCUAAGACUCCUUGACAUUUGCUCCACAUCUCGGGAUGUCUUGGCCUUGACAAAGGAAAGCAUCCAAGACAUUCAAUCAGUUCUUCGAAGAAGGUCUAGUGGUGAACUUGACAUUACCAAGGAAGUCGCCGCAUACCUUAAAACACGAAAGUCAUCCAAGAAGACAAUCAAGAAAUGCUUGAAAGAUAUCAAUGCAGUUGACAAAACUAACGAGUCUAUUGCCAUCGAAAGCAUGCUCAAGGAUGUGCAAGCAUUGACUGUAGAAGUCUUUAACUCCAUGUUAUCCUACAUCGGCGGAUCACAGAAAAGUAGCUGGUCUUUCUCUAAACUUGUUGGACAAAAAUCUGAGACGGAAGCAGCAACAUCUUUUGAUGCUGUUGAUGCUAUUCUUGUGAAGAAAAUGAAUGUUGAUAUGUCACAACUAGUAAAUUUAGAGUCAGAAAUUCAAGAAAUCGACGAAGUUUUGGAAUCAUUGUUUAGGCAUCUGGUGAAGACUAGAUCAACUCUUCUCAAUGUCCUUAGUUAUUAGAUAGAACAGAAAUUUUUCCUGUACAAAAAUUUUGAUACAUGAACAUACAAUACAAAUGAAUAUACAUGAUACUGAUACAAUUAUCUCAAAUUUUUGUUGGGUUUAUCAAUUUUAUACUUUCAAUUACGCAUUAAUCAUACAAAUUAUGAGAUACAAGAUUCACUCAAUCCACAAACAGAAAUCAGUAAAUUUAACUUGUUAUUUCUUGUAAAUUAUCAGAGAAAUUCUCUGUUUUCUAAACACAAUGAAUGAAAAUAAAAAAAAACCUCCCUUGAGAAAAACAAAAAAACUAAAAUUGAAUUAAAAAAAUACAAUAAUUCUUCUAGCAUUUAUUCAUCACAUAAUAGAGAGAAGUAGGAAUCUAAUUGAGGGACGGAGGGAUUACAGUCUAUAAUUAAGGUCGAUUAUCAGAAUGACUCCCUGUGAAGGUAAGCUGUAAGAUUCUAAUUGUCUGUAGGAGCUUCAACAA